AUGUAUAUGUGCCAUACAAAUUAUAUUCCCAUCUGUGGAUCAAAUGGGGACACGUACCAAAAUGAAUGCUUUCUCAGAAGGGCUGCUUGUAAGCACCAGGAAGAGAUAAUAGUAGUAGCAAGGGGACCAUGCUACUCUGAUAAUGGCUCUGGAUCUGGAGAGAGAGAAGAGGAAGGGGCAGGGAGAGUUGUUCGCAGAAAACACUCCAAGUGUGGACCUUGCAAAUAUAAAGCUGAGUGUGAUGAAGAUGCAGAGAAUGUUGGGUGUGUAUGUAAUAUAGAUUGCAGUGGAUACAGUUUUAAUCCUGUGUCUGCUUCUGAUGGGAGUUCCUAUAACAAUCCCUGUUUUGUUCGAGAAGCAUCUUAUAUAAAACAAGAACAAAUUGAUAUAAGGCAUCUUGGUCAUUGCACAGACACAGAUGACACUAGUUUGUUGGGAAAGAAAAAUGAUGGACUACAAUAUCAACCAGAUGUGAAAGAUGCUAGUGAUCAAAGGGAAGAUGUUUAUAUUGGAAACCACAUGCUUUGCCCUGAAAACCUCAAUAGUUACUGUAUCCAUGGAAAAUGUGAAUUCAUUUAUUCUACUCAGGCAUCUUAUAGAUGUGAAUCUGGUUACACUGGACAGCACUGUGAAAAGACAGACUUCAGUAUUCUCUAUGUAGUGCCAAGUAGGCAAAAGCUCACUCAUGUUCUUACUGCAGCAAUUAUUGGAGCUGUACAGAUUGCCAUUAUAGUAGCAGUUGUCAUGUGCAUAACAAGAAAAUGCCCUAAAAACAAUAGAGGAUGACGACAGCAGCAAAACCUAGGCCAUUUUACUUCAGAUACAUAUUUCUAG